AUGUUUUACGAUUUGAAUAUUGUCUACCCAGUAACUCAAUCCAAUUUGAAUACUGGGAUGAAUCCUCAGGUUGAGCCUCGAAAGAUCGGCUAUCAAGUAGUCGCGUACAAUUACAUUGUUUCAGGCAAAAAAUCCGCUAAAAUGGCAAACCCUAUAAAGAAAAUUGAAGCAUAUGAUAUACAUGCAACUGCGUCUGUUCCCUCAUCGUCUUCUUUACUCAAUAAUAAAAAAUCUCUGGCAAUACAACAAUUGACGCGCUUAACAGUUAUUAUUGAUGAUCCUUCUCAAAAUUACAAUAUAAUAAUAUCAACAUAUGAUGUUCUCGCAGUGCAACCAAUGAAUGAAAAGUUAUUCCAGACGGCUUGCAACAAUUACGAUGUGGAUAUAAUUUCACUAGAGCUUGGAACGCGUUUGCCAUUCUAUUUGAAACACGGGACUUUGGCGAAAGCAAUUGAACGUGGUAUUUAUUUUGAAAUAUGUUAUGCGCCUGCAAUUCGAGAUUCAACUUCGCGUCGUCAUUUAAUAAGUAACGCCCAAAAUCUUGUCAGAGUAACACGUGGAAAGAAUCUUAUUAUUUCUAGUGGAGCACAAAAGGCAAUGGAAUUACGUGGGCCUUAUGAUAUUGUAAAUCUAGGCACAAUAAUGGGUAUGAAUCAAGAGGUAUCAAAAGAUUGUAUCUCAACAAAUUGUCGAGCUGUAUUAUAUCGCGCAAUGACCCGUCGGGACAUCCACAAAUCCGUAAUUGCAUCCGCUCCCAUCUCCUCAAUGAAGCCAUAUGAGAUGUGGAAACUUGGAAGAGUUGAAAAUAUGACAAGAGGUCAACAAAGUGAGUCAUCGAAAAAACGAAAGAGGUCAAAGAAGGCGAAAGAAGAGAGUGACGAGGCUGCUAUUCAAAAAGAUGUAGAAAAAGAUGACGACGACGAAUUUAGUGAUGACGGGGAAGCAGAAGUUAUGGAAUUUUAA